AUGGCCAGCGGGGAUGAUAACGCCGUGCCCCGCGCCGACGAAGAGACCAUGAAGGUCGUUCAGAAUGACGACGACCUAGGACUUGUCGACGUAGAGAGCUUGUGCAUGAACUGCCAUGAGAAUGGUUCUACCAAAUUCCUCCUCAUCAAGAUCCCAUUCUUCCGCGAUGUCCUCCUCGAGUCGUUCGAGUGUCCUCACUGCAGCCACAAAAACAACUCCAUCAAAGCUGCUGGCGAGAUCCAGGAGCAUGGUACCAAGUACACCCUGGAUAUCCAUGACAAGCGUGACUUUGACCGCCAGGUCGUCAAGGGUGAUUCCUCGGUCUUCCGCCUCGAAACCCUUGGAAUAGAAAUGCCGACUGGCGAGGGACAGCUUACAAACAUCGAAGGGCUGCUCACCAAAAUCCAGACCCAGCUCGAAAGUGAGCAGCCAUUGCGGAAAGCUGCAGACCCAGCCACCUACCAGGCACUUGAUGAGAUCCUCCAGAAACUCGCUAAGAUGAUCAACGGCGAAUCAUUCCCGUUCACGGUGACCUUGGAGGACACGACUGGCAACUCUUGGAUCUCCCCCGCACCUUAUGACGAGGGCACCAGAUACAAGCGAAAGGAGUUCCAGCGUACCAAGGAACAGAACGAAGCUCUCGGCAUUGGCAUCGGCGAAGAGGACCAGGACGGCCAGAAAUCAGGGGACCCCAACGAUCUCGAUAUUGUUGAUGGAGAUGUGUACUCUCUCCCCACCCACUGCCCUGGCUGUGCUAAGGCUUGUGUCGUCAAUAUGCAGAAGGUCAGCAUCCCAUAUUUCAAGGAAGUGUUCAUAUGGAGCACUGUCUGCGACCAUUGUGGCUACCGCACCAGCGAUGUCAAGACUGGAGGUGCCAUCCCUGACAAGGGAAAACGAAUUACGCUGCGAGUUGAAUCUAUUGUAGAUCUAUCCCGAGAUAUCCUCAAAUCCGAGACUUGCGUCCUAAAGAGCGACGACCUUGGUCUUUCUGUCCAGCCCGGGACGCUUGGAGGCAGGUUCACUACCGUCGAGGGCCUCCUCACUCAAAUCCGUGACCAGCUUCACGAGCAGAUCUUCGACUUUGGCGACGAAGAUCUGGCCCCAGGUGAUUCCAUGCCUGUACCAGAGAAGGACCGAUGGAAGCAAUUCUUCGACAAGCUCGACAUCGCUAUCAAGGGCGAACAGAAGUUCUCUAUCACGCUUGAAGACCCCUGUGCAAACAGCUAUGUUCAGAACCUCUUCCUCCCCGAGCCAGACCCACAGCUGGAAGAGGAAGAAUAUACCCGUACUGAAGAAGAGGAAGAAGACCUCGGUCUCAAGGAUAUGAAGACCGAAGGGUAUGAAGAGGAACAUAGGCUCGCGCAAGAAGCCGAAAAGGCAGCAAAGGAAGCCGAGGAAGCAACUUGA